GGUCAAAUGUCAGACUUCUUCUUUUUUUUUUGCAGAAAAAUUUUGAAAGAUCUUUCUUCUGAAGACACACGGGAUAGAAAAGGAGAUGAGGAAAGUCCUGGGGUCUCCACUGUCACCUCCAUGUCUGUUCCCACGCCCAUCUACCAGACAAGCACUGGACAGUACAUUGCCAUCGCAGCCAACGGGCUCCAGCUGGCAGGGCCGGGGGCAGACGGGGUGCAGGGGCUGCAGACACUGACCAUGGCCAACGCCGGCGGCUCCCAGCCCGGGACCACCAUCCUGCAGUACGCCCAGACCUCGGACGGGCAGCAGAUCCUGGUGCCCAGCAACCAGGUGGUGGUGCAGACUGCCUCUGGGGACAUGCAGACGUACCAGAUCCGCACCACGCCCACCACCUCCUCCCUGCCCCAGACCGUGGUGAUGACGUCCCCCGUCACCCUGACGUCACAGACGAGCAAGACGGAUGAUCCGCAGCUGAAACGAGAGAUCAGGCUGAUGAAGAACAGGUACGUCAGGGCACCUGAGCUGCUCAGGGGGCUAGUUUAAGGUGCUCAGAUGGUGCAAUCACUGAGGUUGGAAAAGACUUCCAGGCUUGUGAAGUCC